UCUAUGACUUCAUCCUAGUGACCCCUGCUUGCCAGGGAUCCCGCAUGGUCAGUUGUGCCGCUGGUCUUUUCAUGCUGAAUGUCGCUAUUUUUGUGACUUGAACUAUCUUGCCGCUGUGCUGGCCUUGAACAACCUGGACUACUCCAUCCUAGAGCGGGCUUUGUAUUUCUGCCACAUCUUCUCGGGGAGAGGGAGAGAGAUUCUCUUUCUGCAAAUGUGCUGCCGGAGUGGUGGUAGGACACCCAUUUGACACUGUUAAGAUGACAGAUAAGCCUCAUCACGGGAGAGUUACCUAGUUCGUCUACAAGUUCAAAAUGUAGAGAAACCUCUCUACCGUGGGACCUUCCAUUGCUUUCAGUCCAUCAUAAAGCAAGAAUCUGUUUUUGGACUCUAUAAAGGUAUUGGGUCACCAAUGAUGGGACUAACCUUCAUUAACGCGCUUGUGUUCGGUGUACAAGGAAACACACUUCGUGCUCUUGGAAAAGACACUCCUCUAAACCAGUUCCUUGCGGGGUCAGCGGCAGGGGCUAUCCAGUGCAUCAUCUGCUGUCCCAUGGAGUUAGCCAAGACAAGAAUGCAGCUUCAAGGAACAGGUGAAUACAAACUAAAAAUGAAGAACUACAAAAAUUCUCUGGAUUGUUUGAUCAAAAUCUAUCGAAAGGAAGGGCUGAGGGGUAUCAACAGGGGCAUGGUCUCUACAUUCAUAAGAGAGACUCCAAGCUUUGGCUUUUACUUCCUCACCUAUGACUGCAUGACCAGGUAUUUAGGCUGUGAAGCUGAAGACAGUUACGUUAUUCCCAAACUGCUGUUUUCCGGGGGGAUGUCAGGAAUCGUGUCCUGGCUCUCAACCUAUCCCGUGGAUGUGAUCAAAUCCCGCCUUCAAGCCGAUGGAGUUGGAGGCGUUACACAAUACAAUGGCAUUUUAGACUGCAUCAGAAAGAGUUACCAUGAAGAAGGCUGGAGGGUGUUCACAAGAGGUCUUACUUCCACGCUUCUCCGCGCUUUUCCUGUCAACGCAGCUACCUUUGCUACUGUCACUGUGUUCCUAAUGUACAUGAGGUCGGAAGACAACCUUCGUGGAUGUGAACCAGGUCCAGUCAUCCAGCAGCCUUCCAGUUUGUGAACCGUAUCUGUUCCCCUCAUCCAAAGCUGACUGGUUGGGUUUUUUUUUUAAACGUAAACACUUGGCCUGCACAAGUGGUAUAAAUGUAUGCUAUCUGUACAAAGAAUUCCUAAAUGUGUCAAAUUAGGAUUUCAUCUCAUUACUUGUAUAAACAGCGUAUUGCCUUAUUAAGGACUUCAUAUCUAGUAGUAUCCAAGUAAGACAGGGACCUGCCUUUAAAAAGUACUGUACAGUUACUGUUGCGGCUCCGGAAGAGGAUCUGGAGAAUGUUGUAGUACCAGAAAUCAGGUUUUCUUCCACUCGUGUUCUGAAUGACUGAGUUGAGUUGAAUGCAGCAAUGUUCUCAGAAAAGAAAUACUUUUUGUAUGUAACAGGAGUAAGUAUAGUCCUCUAAGGUGAAGUAGGGGCAAGAAAUUAAAUGUUGGAGGCAUUUUGCAGGUAACCCUAAACCGUUUAAGACAUGGACUAGCAUUCAGCUGGCCACGUGUUUUUCUUUUCCUCUGCUUUUAUAUGUCAGUGAUUUUAGUAGCAACUUUGUUCAUACUGGUUUGCUAAAAAAAAAAAAAAAAAAAAGAUUUGUUCCUAAGCUACUCCCUUACCUUUCAGCUUCGAAUAAAUCUCUUAAGCACAAAGUUAGCAUCUGCACUCAUAUGCACUCGUUCCUUUAAAUCUCAAGGCUUGUAAGGAUUUAGGGAAACUCAAAUCUAGUAAGAUUGAUGUUAUUUGGCUUCACCUCUGUUUCUCGUUUGGUGGGUGUACGGAUUGUAUUGACUAGAUUCAGCCUAAGUAGACUUUGUUCUCUGAAGUUAAUGCAACUUUGUGCCACUUCUCCCAACAUGCACCAUAGCAGCCAGUGAUGUACAGAAGUCAAAGUCCUACCUGUGGUAUUGCACAAAAUGUUCGUGGGUGCAAUGUUAGCUUAGCAGCUUGAAGUACUGUAGAAAUAUGUACACGUUUAGAGCUGGAAGUUUCAUACCUUUCCAGAAAAUAGGGGUGUAAGUGUCUGAAAUGGAUGGUGUUCAAUACAAUUGCAUUGUGAAUUUAAACAAUAUUGAUUCUUAUGCAUGUAGUUACAGUGCUACUGGAGGGAAGACUGAAAAGGGUUUUGGAGAAUUUUCUUGUUACGUUAAUCCGCUGUGAUUUCUUUUUAGCAAUCUGUUCAAGAGGGAUUGCAUUAGUCAAAGAGCUAUAAACAGUUAUUUAAGAUUUGGAAUAAGAACUACACAUAUUUGGCACAAAUAGCCAGGAGGAAGGAGUGCAUGUGUGUGAGGAAUCUUCCAAAUGUACCAAACUAGUUCAGUGAGUACAACUUGUUACACUUUUGGUUGGGACAAGUGCAAUACGUGGUUAAUUUAUAUGAAUUUUCUAAAGAAACCUGAUUUCAUAGCAUUUUGCACUGUAACAAAAUAUGCUGGAGAAACCUGUAAAACUGGUAUGUCUUUUUAUACCUUGGAGGUAUGUUGGAUGUUUUAGUGCCUGCUUGCACUGAGAUUCAAAUUGAAUGUUAAAUCUGUCUACUAAGCUGCAUAUGCACAACAACUCACAGCAAAGACCAUUCACACCUUUGUACAGUAGUCUGUAAUUAUUGUAUAUAAAAUUGAGGGAAUAAAUUUUUUAAAAAUUUUGA